AUAUUAUUUCAUAAUCAACUCUUAAGAUAAACAAGACAUUUCUCAUCCCAGUAUUUAAGACCAGAGCUUCCAACAUAUAUUUAAAUACAAUCCACUGGAUAAUGAACAUUUUACCAAAGACACAAUAUAGUAUUUCACUGAAAUUGGUAAAAUUUUCAAGUUGUUGUCUGCCAAGAAAAAUUUUGAGGCUUACUUCUAUGCCAAAGACUUAUUUUCACACCAACUCUAUUAUUCUAUCACAGUCUGAUGUUCAGCCUUUGAGUAGUAUUUCUGGUCUAACAUUUUUGAAUUUGAAAAGGCAUAUUCCAUCUUUAUUAAAUCGAAUAAGCUUUGACGAACUCAAUUUUGAAACUACUGAUAAUGGAAAGACUAUUGUAUAUACAGAUGGAAGUUGUUUAAAUAACAACAAAACAGAUAUGGGAUUGCGAAAGAGUGGAAUAGGGGUGUAUUGGGGGCGUGACAAUCAUCCUUUAAAUGUAUCAAUACCACAUGGUGGCAGUAAACUUACGAGCAGUCGAGCUGAAAUUGCCGCAUCUCACGCUGCAAUAUUACUAGCAAAAGCUUUUAAAAUCGAGAAACUGUGUCUUCAUACAGACUCUGACACUUUAGUCAAGUCAUGUAACCACUGGCUGCCAAUGUGGCAACACAAUGAUUGGAAAUCGAGGUCUACCAACCGACCAAUUUUAAAUCAAGACAUGUGGAAAAAACUAACAGAGGAUUUACUUCAUGUGUUAGUUGAUUUUCAUCAUUCUUCCGAUUGUAUUGAAGGAAUUAAAAAAGCACAUAAACUGGCACAAGAGGGUGCUAAUGCUUCCUGAGAAGAUGAUCUAACAACAAAAACAUAGAGCGUGAUUCAAAAUUAAAAUCUAUCAAAGAAUAUUAUUUUGUUGGCAGUACCAUUAUCAUUUUUGUAAUUAAAUAGGGAUCUUUUUCCAGAUGCUCUUUUGUUUUCUAGGAACUUGCAUGCUAAUAUUAGAUAUAUUGUCGAAGUUGAAAAAGCUAGUAAACCUAGUUCUAGUUCAUGAAUGUUUAUAGAUAUUAAAUUAAAAUAAAAAUAAAAAAACAGCAAAAUAACUGAAAUCUAACCAAAUCUAUAAAUUGAUUAUUCCAUCUUUUUACCCUAAUUUUUGGAUAUUACCGGUAUUUGUUUCUGACUGUUUUCAAAAAAUGAUUUAUUACCCACUUUGUAUAUUCACUUUUUUUUUGGUAAAGUAAGGCACGGCUAAAAUUCAUGAUUUAUAUUCAUAACUGUGUGAUUUCUUUUUGCUUUGGUAAUUAUAUUUCCUUCCAAUUUCUUCA